AUGCCCCGGAGCCCCACGUCCAGUGAGGAUGAGAUGGCCCAGAGCUUUUCGGACUACUCCGAUGACUGUGCCUCUGACAGCUCCCGCGAAGAAACCAUUUACGAGACCAUAAGGGCCACCGGCGAGCCAUCGCAGCACCACAUGGACGACAUUCGCACAAACUCGCUGGUCAUCCGCGUCCUCAUCCCCGACCUGCAGCAGACGAAAUGCAUGCGGUUCAACCCGGAUGCAACGGUCUGGGUCGCCAAGCAGCGGAUCCUGUGUACGCUCAAUCAGAGCCUGAAAGAUGUCCUCAACUACGGGCUUUUCCAGCCGGCCAGCAACGGGAGGGACGGCAAGUUCCUGGACGAAGAACGCAUCCUGCGAGAGUACCCCCAGCCAUUCAGCAAGGGUGUCCCGUCUCUGGAGUUCCGCUACAAGAGCAGAGUCUACAGACAACCAAACGUGGACGAGAAACAGAUCGCCAAGCUUCAUACAAAGGCCAAUCUGAGGAAGUUCAUGGACCUCAUCCAGCAUAAUCAGGUGGACAAAGUGUCUAAGAUGUUGGAGAGAGGCUUCGAUCCCAACUACCACGACAGUGAGACUGGUGAGAGCCCGCUGACAUUUGCAGCCCAUCUGGACAACGUGGUGGAGUUGAUCAAGGUCCUGAAGAACGGGGGAGCUCACCUAGACUACAGGGCCAAGGACGGCAUGACGGCCCUCCACAAAGCUGCAAGGUCCAAGAACCCGGUUAUGCUUAUGAUGCUGCUGGAGUUGGGAGCUUCUCCAGACUACAAGGACAGUCGUGGUCUGACUCCUCUCUAUCACAGCGUGGUGGUGGGUGGAGACCCGGGCUGCUGUGAGCUCUUGUUGAACCACCACGCUUACGUCUGCUGCCAGGAUGAGAACGGCUGGCAUGAGGUUCACCAGGCUUGCCGUCACGGACACGUGCAGCACCUGGAGCAUCUGCUGUUCUAUGGAGCGGACAUGAGCGCCCAGAAUGCCUCAGGAAACACCGCUCUACACAUCUGUGCCCUAUACAACCAGGAUAACUGUGCCAGAGUGCUGCUUGUUCGUGGAGCUGACAAAGAAGUGAAGAACUACAACAGCCAGAGUCCAUUUCAGGUCGCCAUUAUUGCUGGGAACUUUGAGCUCGCUGAACUCAUCAAGAACCACAAAGAGACAGACGUAGUGCCUUUCCGCGAGGCUCCAGCCUACUCCAAACGCCGCCGGGGUCCGUCUUCUGGCAACAGCAGCGGAAACGGCCAGUCUCCGUCCUCGCUGUCAGCGCCACGGGUCCUCCUGCGCUCCAACAGCGACAACAACCUAACAGUCACACCAACACGCCCAGCCCCACCUGCACAGGGCCCCCCAGCAGGCCUGUCACCCCAGCUGCUCCAGCAGAUGCCCAGCGGCAGCCCCAAUGGCACCGUGGUGGUCCGGACCAUGGGGAGGGGGGCGAGGAGCAGGUCACCCUCCCUCAGCCGGCUGGGGGAGGAGGCCCGGCGCGCUCUGCCGUCGCAGCGUCAGCCCAGUCCCAGCAGUCACGGCCAGGCAGUAGGCACCAGGAGGAAGCUGUACAGCGCAGUUCCUGGGAGACACUUUGUGGUGGUCCGUGCUUACACCGCCCAGGCCGAGGGAGAGAUCAACCUCUACAAGAGCGACAGGGUCAAAGUUCUGAGCAUCGGAGAGGGGGGUUUCUGGGAGGGCAGCGCCCGCGGGCAGGUGGGCUGGUUUCCAGCCGACUGCGUGGAGGAGGUCCCGGCCAAGGCCAGCGAUGAGAGGAGCUAUUCCCGAGCGGACCGUGCUGACAGACGGAAGCUCUUCAGACACUACACUGUGGGCUCCUACGACAGCUUUGAUGCCUCCAGUGACUGCGUGGUGGACGAGAAGACGGUGGUGCUCCAGAAAAAGGAGAACGAGGGAUUCGGCUUCGUCCUGCGAGGGGCGAAAGCGGAUACGCCCAUUGAGGAGUUCACGCCCACACCUGCCUUCCCGGCCCUGCAGUACCUGGAGUCAGUGGAUGAGGGAGGAGUGGCGUGGCAGGCGGGACUCAGGACGGGGGACUUCCUCAUCGAGGUGAACCAGGAGAAUGUGGUGAAGGUGGGCCACAGACAGGUGGUCAACAUGAUCCGCCAGGGAGGCAACCGGCUCCUGAUCAAGGUUGUGACGGUGAGCCGGAAUCUAGACCCUGAGGACACAGCACGCAAAAAAGCUCCUCCACCGCCAAAGAGAGCCCCCACCACAGCCCUGUCCAUGCGCUCCAAGUCGAUGACCUCUGAGCUGGAGGAACUGGAUGCGCAGAAGAAGAGGAUUGUUUUCCAAGUCACUCUAAACAAAGUUGAAGAGAUGACUCACGCCCAGAAGACCUCACCUGUUGAUAUGAAGAUCGCUACGAUCAAACCACGCCCAUCCAGUCGCUGCUUGGUAACGCCUACUGAUAUGAAUUCCAUGUAUCACGACCGCCAGGGAGUAGCAGUGGUGCCACCCACUGUGCCAGGGGCCUUCCUGGGGAUACCUGAGAAGGGCACCAUGAAAAAGCAAAAGUCAAUAGGUACAACGGAGGACGAGAAGCAGGGAUUCCUCACACCUCCCCUACUCAAGUUCUCCCGCAGCCUCUCUAUGCCUGACACCUCAGAGGACAUCCCUCCUCCCCCAGCCAUUUCACCCCCUUCGCCACCUGCCUACAACUCAGCUGCCGGCCCUACACCCAAAAGCUACGGCACCACACGUCCCAGCUUCACCCAGAACUCGCCCAAUGCAGUGACGACCAUCAGCCGAACCACCGACGUUGGCACGCUGAGGCGUGGCUAUUUCCGCCAGAGCUCAGAGCAGUUCGAGAGCACCCGUACUCGAGGGCGCACACCAGUGCCCGAGAACCCUUACUCCGAGGUGGGCAAUAAGACACUCUAUGUGCCAGCGAAACCGGCUCGAAGGAAGGGCAUGCUAGUAAAGCAGCCCAACGUUGAGGACAGUCCUGAGAAAACGUGUCACAUGCCAGCAAGCCCCUCGGGCCCGGUUUCCAUGCCUACUACGCCUGUAGAACGAACGUGCUCCUCCAUCCCCAUCCCCACAAUCAUUGUCAAGGAGCCCUCCACCAGCAGCAGUGGCAAGAGCAGCCAGGGUAGCAGUAUGGAGAUCGAGCCCACCACCCCUGAACACCCACCUCUCACGCCCACGGUUGGUGGAAGCGGAGGUCUUCGUCCUGAAGACCCUCUUUCUCUAAGCAACCCGUUUGCGGCCGCUAUUGCCGGGGCAGUGCGUGACCGGGAAAAGAGGUUGGAGGCAAAAAAGAACUCCAUUGCCUUCCAGUCAAUAGACAUUGGGGAUGAAGACUUGAGUGGUCCCACACCGACCCCUCGCCUCCGCCAGUCAAAGUCCAUCGAUGAAGGCAUGUUCAGUAGCGACGAGCGGCUUCGAAGGAUAUUGGCUCCCCCUCCCGCAGCACAGCUUGGGCCCCCUGUUGGGGGCGGUACUGGCAACAUGACAGAUUUUAACACUCCUGAGCCCACAGUGGUGCGGGAGCCUCUAAACACCAGAACAGGCCAGUGUCCCAACUUGGACAGUCCCGUUAGUCUCCCAGCCACCCCUCCUAAGAGCCACUACAGGGCCAAUGGGACCUACCUCCAUCCUGUCACCGGCAAGCCCUUGGACCCUAAUUCUCCACUAGCUCUGGCCCUGGCAGCUCGGGACCGGGCCAUGAAGGAGCAACAAAACCAUCCUCAGAAUCAGCCACCAAAUCCUCCUCAGGUUCAGCAAACCCCUAAGCACGAAGCCCAGUCCCUUCCAAUUCAGCCGAGCCACAAACCAGACCUCAACCAACCUCUGUUUAUUGACACCAAACUACGCUCCGGGAUCGAGACAAGUUUUGCUGCAAUCUCCACAGCAACCAUGGGGCGGCCCGGCCGAGGUGGCCUGCGGAGACAGAUGACAGAGCAGAAGUACGAGUCUGAUGGGGCACGGGAAGAGAGGCAGCAUCAGGCAGUCGAGGAGAGGAAAAGUGCGCCAGCGGAUGUGGCAGACACAUCACAGCCUAAGUCAACUGGGCUGUUGAUGGUCCACACCAGCACAGAAGCAAGCAACAAGGUGAACAACCAAGAGGUAGAGGGGCAGGACAGCAACAGGCCAUCGGAGCUGAAGGACCCCAACCAACCCGAUCCUCUCAAUGCGCCAACACUGUCCUCUAACCCUCAGCCACCCUCAUCACGGAGAAGCAUUCCCUUAGGUGAAUCCAUGGAUGAACCAGUGAAGCUGCCUUUCCGCAUCCCCCCUCCCCCUCUGGCCUCAGUUGACAUUGAUGAGGAUUUUGACUUCUCAGAGCCCCUCCCCCCACCGCUGGAGUUUGCCAACAGUAUUGACAUUCCUGAUGACCAGGCUAGUGCCAUAGCAGAGAUGCUUCAGCAACAGAGACGGAACGGGGGACCUCCUCUACCCCCAUACCAUGCUCAUGCCCCGCCAGCUGUCUCAGAACAACACAAACGGAUGACAAACAGCAUGCCGCCCUCAUAUCCUCCUCCUCCACCUGACCCAGAGUCAGGGGUGGGUGACUCGGGCAUCGAAGAGGUAGAUAGCCGCAGUAGCGGGGAUCCUCAGCACAUGGAGACCACCAGCACCGUUUCCAGCAUUUCAACGCUGUCGUCAGAAGGAGGCUUCUGCGACAGCGCACUGGAGAGCCUCUAUGCCACCGCAGAUGGACAUGCCUUCCUGGUGGAUCGGCCCCCUGUGCCACCCAAACCCAAGGGCAAGUCUGUCAUCAACAGAACAUCACUUUAUCAUGACGCUCUCAUUGAAGAGCCCCCAGAGUCCUAUGGGUCACCACCUCAGGCCCCUCCCCCUCCCCCUUCAUCCUCUGAACCUCCUAGGACUCCUAUUCAAAGGACAUCCAAGCUGUGGGGUGAUCAGCCACCUGAGCUGUGCAGCCCCCCAUCCACACCGGACACCAAGAACACCGUUAUCACCGAGUUGAGCUCCAUUCUGCAGCAAAUGAAUCGCGACAGGCCUCCCAAGCCAGGAGAAAGCCUUGACUCCCCCACUGGGACCAGGGGGGCCUUCGGAGCAAGCUCACGCCUCUCCAUCUCCAUUUUCUCCAGUCUGCUGUUGUUCCUUCACCUCUUCUUUCUUCAUCCCCCUCUGUGUCUCCCAUCUUCACAGAAGCAGGGAGUCAUGGGAUGUGUGGGCGUGGCGAAGGCGAGGUCUCCCACCGCAGAUAUCAAUAGCACUGCAUCGCUUUCCUCUCCACCCGCUCAGCUGACGGAGAACCAGCGUCGAUCCUGCGCUGACCUGAGGGCCAGCGAGGGACACAUGCUAACUUUAACUGGUGCUGAAGAGUGGAAACUGCCUCCCACAGAAGACUCAGGAAUGCGUAAUAACGCCGCCGCCGCCGCCGCCGCCCUCGCCUCCACGCCCCCCAGCAGCCUCCCAUCUCAGCCGCACCCCUGCAGCCCGCCAGACUCCGCCUCCUCCCUCACGCCCUGCUCCUCACUGCCGCCCUCGGUGUCGCCCACCCUCACCGACGUCUUCGGCCUGCCCACCCCGCCCAUGGGCAGCGGUGGCGGCUACAGCCUGAGCUCCUCGUGCGGCGGCAGCGGCAGCUCGCGCUCCCCGUCGCCGCUCACGCUGAUGCAGGCGGUGGCGGCCUCGGGCAAGCCCUUCGCCUCCAAACCCAUGGAGCUGUGGAGCAAGCACGACGUGGCGGACUGGCUGGAGAGCCUCAACCUGGGAGAGCACAGGGACGCUUUCCUGGACAACGAGAUCGAGGGCGCCCACCUGCCCUCGCUGCAAAAAGAGGACCUGAUAGACCUGGGCGUGACGAGGGUGGGCCACCGCAUGAACAUCGAGAGGGCCCUCAAGCUGCUGCAGGACAGAUAAGCCCCGAGGAGACGGGGUGGCGACGUGCGGAGUCAGGGCCGAGGAGAGGGAGGUUUACCCGUCACUUUUACCGAUCUCUUCAUCAGACAUAAUCUCAAGUCGUGGAACUGGGUAGAAGCUUUGUCCGAGCUGACGCUGCCUCUUGCCGUUUUUGUCCUCUCUCGUCCUCCGUUGUCGCCCUCAUCUCAGUGCUCCGGUCUCGUCCGCCCUCUUCCUCCUCCCCUCCGUCCUGAGCAUCGGGGGAUCACGGGAUGUCCGGAGGAACUGCAGGGGGGGAGAGAGAGAAGAGAACAGCUGCUACGUCACAUCAUAGAGGGAGAGAGCAGAGGAGGCCAGUACGAAGGACUGUCCAGAAGACAAAAAAGAGACUCGGGAAUAAGUUUUCCUCAGACGCUGGGGGAAGAAAAAUACUCAUCUGGAAGUUUAUUUCACAUGAAGACUCGUGCUCACCCAACCGCUUUGGAAUACUCAAGACUUUUUCCAUACACCCCAGAGUGGGUGCAUGAAAAACCAGCUGAGCUGGUCGUUGCUCCUUUUCUAUCUUUGCUAGAGUUUGUUCAGAGAAUAAUAUUUCUUCACUAGAGUCCUACCGGAGUUAUAUUUCUGGUUGCAUCUAAAGUUGUAGAGAAAAAUUUGAGAUAGACUCCAUUUUUUUGCUUUUCACCUGUUUGUGUCAAAGUAAGAACAUUCGCUGACAUGUUGAAACAAAUACUAAACCAUAUCUCGUGUCCACACACACACACACACACACACACACACUUUAUGCACAGUGCCACACACUGGAUACAAACAGGAAUACACACUGUCUUCACAAACAUACACAAGCUAAGCAUGUAGACACACACCGUUGCUGCGAUGGCAAAGCGUGGAGAGAGGUGGUCACCAGAGGAGGAGCUCUGCUGCAGCAGGGGCCCCGGGGCCCCUCACCGGUCUACACCGACCCGGUGUCCACCUCGGCAUGCAAGGAAAACUGAGGGCGAGGACACGAGGUACAAGAUGGACAGACAAACGUUGGACCAGAAAUCUUCUCACCUUGAAAUGGUUGCACCAACUUGUCUGGCUGCAAAGGGCGUCUUUGUCCUCUCUUGGCUUGUCUUUCUAGUUUUGUGUGUGUGUGUGUGUGUGUGUGUGUGUGUGUGUGUGUGUGUGUUAAGGCCAGUUUAGCUAUUUCCAUGGAUCCGCUAUAUUAGGCCCCAGUAUAGGGAAACUAGAGCCGUUCUUUACUUUUGUACUCCAUCCUGUCAGUUCCUCUUCCACCUCACCACUAGCAGGUCAACAUUAGGUAACGUGUGGCCCCACAGUAUAUAAGACCCCCUGCGUGUAUGUGAUAGAAGUCCAGGUAUUUUACGGAACGUUUUAAAGGAAUGAUUCAACAUUUGGGAAAUGCAGUUACUGGCUUUCGCGCGGCGAGUUAGAUGAGAAGAUCGAUACCACUCUCAUUACCCGUCUGUCAGGUUCAGAGCUGAAGUGAGGCUGAAGCAGGAAAGCCUCGUUCCAAAUCCCGGUCAGUGUGGGGGCGGAAUCUCAGAAAGGCAGGAAAAAGUGUUUACGCUUGGCUCGGGUGUAAAAGUUGGCGCAUCAGUUCAAAACUUGCGCCCUCCACUUCUUCUUCUGCAGAAGUUUAAUGGCUGUGCUACCAGCCGUUUAUCUGAAGGCCCCCAACUCCUAAUAUUCAUAAAGGUAGUGGAUCAAAACACACGUUCAUUUGCAUUUUCCAGAAAUGUGAAGAAAUUCAUUUAAAAAUUGUGCUACAUUUGGAUGGAAACUUUACUGUUGACAUUUCUAAUGAUGCAAAAAUGAAAAUCCAGCCUUGGAACAUUAAAAUAACACCGUUACAUACAGGAUGUAUGUGGUUUGGUUUCACUCCAUAUGUGUAGAAGACGACAGGAAUUUAAAAAAACAAACAAUAUAAUGAUGAUGUUUAUUCUACAAGCGGCCUUUGACCCUGAUGUGCUGUGGUGGAGUCAGCUUUUCUUGGGUCGUGAACCCCGGGAAGAAAUGCAGGCGGCGGAGAGACUGCACCGGGUCACAGAAGCGAGUGGCGCGGUGGUUAUCCCAGACAUGGUGUCAGGACAACGGCGCUCUACAUGAGGCUAGAGCCCGCACACAGUUAGCCUAGCUUAGCAUGGCGAAGCAGGGAGAAACCAGAACAGCUAGCAGGUCUCUGUCCAAAAAUCUGCCUACAAAUCUCUCUUAAUUGAUAUGUUUUAUCUCCUCUCUUAAUUAGUGAGCGUUACACGUGUUAUAAUGGGCAGGUUUUUGUGUAACGGAGCCAGGCUAACUGUUUCCCCCGGUCCCCGUCUUUACGCUAAGCUAAGCUAAUGGUCUCCUGGCUCCACUUUCAUUUUUUCCACACAGAUAUGGGUAUCGUCCGUUGUAAGGUCUCGGCAAGAGAGUGAAUAAGCGCAUUUCCCAAAAUGUCAAAAUAUUUAAGGUUGACGUUCGUUAGCGUUUUAUUGACUUUGAUUCCAGUGUUGAAUCCUUUUGGAGCCUUUUUUGUUUUGUUUUGUUUUUCCAACAAUUUCAACAGUUAUAAUAGACCUAAUAUCUGCAGAGUGAAAGCUCAAGUUUUACCAGAGGAAAAACAAAAACACAUUUUCUGUGUAGCUAAAUGACAACCUGAACAUUUUCUAGAUUGUUCUUUGCUAAUAAAAAAAGAUUCAGUGUGAGAUUUCAUUAGCAUUAAGCUAACUCGAGUUCGAAUCCUGUCGGAUCUAAAAUGAACCAAACAGCACUGCAGCUGUUUAAAGGUGCAAUUCAGUGAUUUAGAACAAAUAAUCAAAGGGAAAGUGCCGUUUAGGAGCGAAACGUCCUUCAGCGGUGCAACUUCCUUCCGUAAAGAAGGCUGAAGACGUAACGCUGCGCUGACAAAGCUGCUGCCGCCCGCACGCAACUGGACCGCUCGUCCUUGAAGAGAAACGAGAUCUUUUCUCAUAAAUGUAUUCACCCGCAGGUCGAUGCUUUGUGGAGCGAGUCCAGCCAGAUGACGUGAAAACGCUCUGCAUUUUCAGAGCAGAUGGGGAAUCCGCGGCUUCGGGGUUUUACGUCGAAUUAGGCGUUCGCGUAAGGCCACGUGCCUUCUCCUGCCCUCUAACCGCCUGUGCAAGACACAGCCGGAGAGAAACCCGACAAAGCUGGCAGAUGUUCAUCAGCGGGGGGCCCCCCCCCUGUGAGAUUAGGAGGGGAUAGAAACCAUUUCUGAUCUGCUGCAGAUGAGUCCCGCGCUCUCAUCCGGUCCCGCUGCAGCUCCAGCAGCGGAGAUUUCAAGUCCGCUACGAGGGUCGGUUUCAGACUAAAGCAGCAUUUAUGAAGCUGGAAAAUGUGUGUGAUUGCUAGCUCUGAUUACAGGCUGGUCAGAAGUAGAAGUACAGUGAGUUGAAACGUGUAUAUAAGAGUGUUUACCAGGAGGGAAAAAAAUGUCUAUUUGAUUAUAUGUAUAGCUCUAUUAAAGGGUUCAGAGUAAAAAAAUAAAUAAAAAUUAAAAAAAAAAUAAAAAAAAUUCUAUGAAGAUUAAUUAAUAGUUGCCAGAGCAGAGGUCUCACUGGCCCCGUCGUCCCGCGGAGGAUGCCUUAAACAGCUCACCGCUCCCUCCCCCCGCGACCUGCACCUCUGUCGGUUGCGGAGCCCCAGAGAAGACGGGCGCCCACGGCAACCUCGACACCUGGAAGAACGCAUCGUUUCACAACAAGUUCACCCUUGUUUGGUUUCGUAUCGCACCCCGCGGCUUCACGUAGGUUCCAGCUUUUUCGAGGAGACGAAUGAAACACACGCAAGCUCUGUGUUCUGUGAACAUUGGCCGAACGGAGGCCGGCACGGGACCACGCUGCUACAAUCCCGUUCCCGUAUGAGCGCGAAACUUAUUUUAAAAAAACGGACCGCGACGUGUCGGAGGGGGAAGAAAAGCACAGUAUUUUUAAAGAUUUGUAUAGAGUUCUAUGAAAUUUUAUAGAGGUUAACACUGACGCGUGGAUUGCCAAAAACAAAUGCUAUAUAGAUUUAAAAAAGAAAAAAAAACAGGAUAUUAUUAGACUUAUGGGUUAUGUAAGAAGCAAUAUUUAUUCUGAAUGAAUCUCCUUGGUUGUGUUUUGUUUUCCCAUUUUAAAGUUACAUAUCAUGAAGACGUCACCUGUCAGUGUUUUAAUGAAGUGCUGCCUAAAGUAGAUUCUCUCUGCUGCCGUACUGAGACGUUUUGGCCACGAAAGGUGACCCCAGAACCCAGGUAUCUUCUGACGAGCACCAUCUGCCUGACUAGACUUGUCUCAUCUUCUGAAAUCCCUGAGUCUAGAGAGUGUGUGUGUGUGUGUGUGUGUGUGUGUGU